AAACGAGAGUCGAUGGUGUGGAAGCGACCUUGAUCACCUCCCCCCAAGAAGGCGGAAACCUGCAAGUCGGCGAAGAAAGUUAUGUAUAUUUUCUUCAUGGAUAGCCAGGGUAUGCUGUUGAAACAUGCGGUGCCAAGAUCGGCGACAGUCAACAAAGAGUACUAUCAAAAGGUUGUGCGGAGGGAUCUAACGAACGCUAUCAGGAAAAAGCGAGCAGGGUGCGACAUCGAAAAUUUAAUUUUUCAUCAAGAUAACGCUCCAGCACACCGCGCAGACGAGACACUCCUUACUAUUGACUUCUUAGGAUAUGAGCGGCUACGUCAUCCCCCUUAUAGCCCCGAUCUCGCCCCCUUAGACUUUUGUGUUUUCCCUAGACUGAAAGCAGAUUUGAGGGGUCGGAGGUUUGAUACAGAAGAUGAGAUCAAAUAUGCUGUGAGGUCCGCAAUAAGAAGUUACACUCCAGAGUGGUAUGCAGACAUUUACCGGAAGUGGGUACAGCGGCACAGGAAGUGUAUUGAACACAAUGGGGACUAUUUUGAAAAAGCAUGA